GGGUUCAGGCAAAACCAGUUUUAUUUUAAGUGUGAAACAGAGGUGAGGUUUAUGUGAACUCAGCUCAAAUAGGAUUUAAACCCGGUUUACCUGAAGGAGGAUUACUCCAUAAAUCUUGCUUACCUAAGACACAGGUGUGAAUAUGGGCAUAAGAGUAGUAAAUAGUGUAUACCGGCUUACACAUCGCACGGGUAUUUAAACAUAGGACUAGACUGAAGGUCAAAAUAACACGGACGCCAUGUUUUUACAGUGAACUUCUCGUGUGACCCCGACACCAGAAAUGGACCCGUUGCGCAGAGGCCAGGACGUCUCACUGUGUGACCUGUGUAAAACUGCCCACCUACAGAGUCACUGUGAACGUUGUAAUAUAAACCUAUGCCAGACCUGUGUUGGGGAGCACAUUUCGGAUUCAUCUAUAAGACACAAAGUCGUAUCCUAUGAACACGAAAAGUCUCCUAACUGCUCAAAAUGUCCGACACACGCCAAUGAACACUGUAAACAUUAUUGUGAGAAAUGUAACAUUCCUGUCUGUUCUAUCUGUGUUUCCUCUCUUAAACACCACGGUCACAAGUUAACAGAUGUUCUGGAAAAAUUCAGCUCUAUGACGCAAAGUUUACUAAAAGAUUUGGAAGAACUCGAGGCCAGAAUUUAUCCCCGAUAUGAGGAAAUGGCGUCUGACGUUCAAACUGAGGAAGUAACAUUAGAAACAAAAUACGGGAAACUGACCAAAGCAGCUGACCAACAAGGAGAAACCUUACACCGGGAGAUCACCGCCAUUGUCAACCACCAGAAAUCUGACAUUCAGGAGAUGAAAAACAAACACCUAUCUACCCUGAAUAAAAAUACAGAUGAAAUCACACAGAAAAUGGCGGAACUCAAACAGAUCAUGUCUGACUUGAAAUCAAUCCUAGAAUCAAAUGACGUCUCCUUAACCUCUACUUACAAAUCUAGGAAUUCUGAAUUUAGAACAUUACCGCCUAAAUUCCGAUUUACAGUACCAAGUUUUUUUCCUCAGAAAAUAAACAAAAAUCAGCUCAAUGAAAUGUUUGGAUCUCUGUCGCUAUUAUCCAUUAAAACAGAACAUGGCGACACAAUGAAGUCAGCAGAAGCUGUAUCGUCUCCUCCAGUCAAACCACUGCUUGAUGAGCCGCGCCUCACCGCAACCAUAGACACUGGGUAUAACAAUGUAUUCAGUGUUAGCUGUCUAAGUGAAGAUCAAGUCUGGACAGGCGGGUAUAACGAAACCAUGAAGCUCCUUAACCUCCAGAGUGAACUACUGACAUCAAUACAAACCAAGUCCGGGAACUUACCAACAGACAUAGCAGUGACACGGGACGGAAAUCUUGUUUAUACUGACUAUAUAAAUAAAACUGGGAACUUAGUAAAGAAUAAACAGAUACAGACCGUGAUCACACAACAGGGGUGGAGACCUCUCAAUGUCUGCAGUACCGCGUCUGAUGAUCUGCUGGUUACCAUGGUCAGUGAUGAUGAAACACAAUCCAAAGUUGUGCGUUACUCUGGCUCCACAGAGACACAAAGCAUUCAGUUUGAUGAUCAGGGUCGUCCUCUCUAUUCAUCUAAUUAUAAAGAUAAAUACAUCAGUGAGAACAGGAACUUGGAUAUCUGUGUGGCUGACCGGUCAGCUAGAGCAGUAGUUGUGGUCAAUCAGUCAGGAAAGCUCCGAUUUAGAUACACUGGUCAUCCCUCUAAUACCAAGCAAUCAUUUGAUCCAGCUGGCAUCACUACAGACAGCCAGAGUCACAUCCUGACAACAGACUAUAAUAAUCACCGUAUCCACAUCCUAGACCAGAACGGACAGUUCCUCCGUUACAUUCACUGUGAUUUAGAACGUCCAUUCGGUUUAUGUGUGGACAUCAGAGACAACCUCUUUGUGGCUGAGUGUGGCACUGCUAAAGUGAAGAAAAUUCAAUAUCUAUAAACACAGUGUUAAUUAUACAUCUCUACACGGUGUUAAUUACCCAUCUAAAAACCCUGGUAAUUAACAUAGAAAAACAUAGGGACACAAUGAAGUCACCAGAAGUGAAUCGUCUCCUCUAGUCAAACCACUGCUUCAUGAACAGCGACAUUGGGCAUAAAUACCAACUAUUCAGUGUUAGCUGUCUCAGUGACGAAGAAGUCAGUGAGAACAGGAAUCUGGAUACCUGUGUGGCUGAAUAUAAAUUUCGUGCAAUAGUGGUGGUCAAUCAGUCAGGAAAACUCCGAUUUAGAUACACUGGUCAUCCCUCUAAUACCAAGCAACCAUUUGAUCCACGCGGCAUCACUACAGACAGCCAGAGUAACAUCCUGACAAUAGACCGUUACAAUGACCGUAUCCACAUCCAAGAUCAGGACGGACAGUUCCUCUGUUACAUUCAGAACUGUAAUUUACGCGCUCCAUAUGGUUUAUGUGUGGACAUCAGAGACAACCUCUUUGUGGCUAAGCUUGUCACUGCUAAAGUGAAGAAAAUCCAAUAUAUAUAAACAGUGUUAAUUACACAGCUCUACAGUGUUAAUUACACAUCUCACAACAGUACCAAUUGCAUAUCUAAACACAUUGUUAACUACAUAUUUCAACAUAAUGUUAAUUACACAUAUAUAGAGUCUUAGUUACAGCUGAGUGUUAAUUACAUUUGCUUGUUAAUUACAAACCUGUGUUAAUUACAGCCCUGUGUUAAUUACAGACCUGUGUUAAUUACAGCCCUGUGUUAAUUACAGACCUGUGUUAACUACAGACCUGUGUCUGUGAUGUGUAAUUAACAUGUACUUGUGUUUGUGAGUUUACCUGGUAGAACACUGGACUUUUGCGAGAAGGGCUGACUUUUACAUUCAACGGCUGACUUUGACACGAGCAUAAUAUACGGAAACCUUUUCGUGACAUAUCUGUAUGCAUAGAUAAAUGAUGAACUGCUGCAAUGUACAGAAAUGUGUAAGUUGUCCAAACAUUUUAGAGUUGUUCCGGUUCAUUUCCAUACUUGUACUGUUUCUAAAACAGUAAAGUCUAUGUGACUUAAUAUCCCCAUACAUGUUUUUAUGUCACCUAACUUAAUUAAUGCAAUUGGUUAACAUCCGUCGUCGUGCGCCGUGCGUGAACACUUGACCAUUCUUAUCUUCUUCCUGAUAACUGCCAUUUAGUUUUUUCAUAUUUGGUAUGAAGCAUCUUUGGGACAAGGGGGUAUAAAGUAUAAAUUUCAGGACUCCUGCACACCCGGGUCCAUAAGGAUGGAGCAAACAUUGACCAAUCUUAAAAAAUCUCCCUUAUGACCUUACAUCUGUAAGAAAAACUGAAUACAUAGAUCUGGUCAUGUAGAACUGAAAGUCCUCUACCGAAAUUGUACAUUAGCGGGUGUGACCAGUCGACAGGGGAUGCUUACUCCUCCUAGGCACAUGGUCCCACCCCUGGUGUAUCCAGGGGUCCAGGUUUACCCAACUAUCUAUUUUGAAUAGCUUAUAGGAGUUAUGAAAUUAAUCACUGUUCGUUACCUUCACCUUUCAUCCAUGGUAGCCGUUCUGAUUCCAGGACGGGGCCAAACUUGGUAUUUAGUGUUUAUGUAUAAACAUAGAUCUUCUUCAAUGAUAUGCCGUUUGCCUCUAUAUUUUAGAUGAAACAGUUCCAGUUCCAUCCCCGCCAAGUUCUGUUUUAAUAUGUCAGUAUUGAAAAAAAUCAUCGGGGACGGGGACCAGACUUAUAGCUUUCAAAACGUACUAGGAUUACUUUUCAAAAUUUACGUCCAGUAUUCGUGUUUAUUAUCUAUGUACUUCACAUUGAAUAGAAUGAAUAGAUAUAAAAAAAAUCAACGGGGUUCGAAUUGACUGCUACGUAACAUGGCUAUAUCUACAAACGUAAUCAAUUAAAGAUGUGAGUUUUCGGUUCACAUGGGGCUUUAAUAAAUGUUUGGACAGAAAUAUACUGGGAAAAUAUGUUAGGAAUUUUUUGAUAUCAUGAUGCAAGAAUACAGCGACCUGCGCCGUGAAUCAAAGCUUUUUAUAAUGGGUGGAUCUGUAGCUCUCUGGUAUGACCAAAUAUUUUCCCAGAGAGCUACAGAUCUCCAUUAGUGCAGAUGGACAUGUAAUUCCGAAUUGUCGGUAUGCUUAGCAUGCACUGUGUUGUGUUGUAUAUGUAUGUGCUUGAUUGAAUAAAGUUGUAUAACAACUUCAUACUUUUUAUGAUAAAAUAAAACGCAAAACUCCUGCAUAAUAAACUUACAUUCGAUUUUUCAUGAUGUAAUGACAUUUUGUAAAGUUUAAAGAUGAAUCAAUGUAUAUGUGUGAGUUAACAUUUUACACCUA